UUCUCCCACUUUCCUUAUUUUCGAUCUUAUCCUUAUCUUCUUCCUUGUUCUAUUUCUCUUCUAACUAAUCUCUUCUCUUCUCUUAAAAUCAAACGUAAUCAUAAAUAAAGAUCUUCUUGUUUAAUUUCUCUUGAUCCUCGCAAAAUCACAGAUUCUUGAAAUUCUUUUUUCUUGUCUUGAAAUUCUUGAGUUCUUGAGUUAUGAAAAGACAAUGGACAGAGUUAUGAAAUGAUAAAUCUCAACCAAUUCCUUGUUUAUCAUUCUAUAUCAGUUGUGAUUCUUCAUUGGUUUUACGUUAUCUCUUGAACAAAAAAACAUGGCAAACGCAGAGAAGACAAGUUCAGGUUCCGACAUAGAUGAGAAGAAAAGAAAACGCAAGUUAUCAAACCGCGAAUCUGCAAGGAGGUCGCGUUUGAAGAAACAGAAGUUAAUGGAAGACACGAUUCAUGAGAUCUCCAGUCUUGAACGACGAAUCAAAGAGAACAGUGAGAGAUGUCGAGCUGUAAAACAGAGGCUUGACUCGGUCGAAACGGAGAACGCGGGUCUUAGAUCGGAGAAGAUUUGGCUCUCGAGUUACGUUAGCGAUUUAGAGAAUAUGAUUGCUACGACGAGUUUAACGCUGACGCAGAGUGGUGGUGGCGAUUGUGUCGACGAUCAGAACGCAAACGCGGGAAUAGCGGUUGGAGAUUGUAGACGUACACCGUGGAAAUUGAGUUGUGGUUCUCUACAACCAAUGGCGUCCUUUAAGACAUGAGAUUUGUGUAUUAGUGUGUGUUUUACUUUGGUCAUUUUAUAGUUUUUGUAAUCUUUUUAUAUCGAAUUGUUUCUUCUCAUUACUUUCUGAAUUCUGAUACAAUUGCAUAUCUUAUUGUUUUCAACAUUUUCAUUUAACGUUAUAUGAUUUUCG